UCAUUCUUGCGCAAGAAAGAAACAACCAGAACGCUUUCUUCUCCCAGUUCAAAACGAGGCGCCGAGGACUCGCGGCUAAUCGCGAUCUCUGCCCGGAUGAGGUCGCGCUGCCAUUCGUUUCGUCGAGGAUUUCCCGAUCGUUGUUUCCUUCGUGGCUCGCUGAGGGCGCAAAAGUGACGGUCGCUGCCAAAGCAAAAGAGCCCGCGAACUCCACGGCAGAAUAAAGAGAACACGAAACCCCAGCUUCUCCAAUUCAAGAUUUCGCACUGGCCUUGGCUUGAGAGAGAGCGAGCAAGAUGGCGUCAAUGGUGCUGUUCUCGUCCUCUAUCUCGGCCUCUCGCCCUUCCCCAAUCUCUCGGGCUUCCGUCCUCGUCGGGCCCUCUCGAUGCCAUUUCGGCUCCCCUCGUAGCCCUGCGACGUGCAAGAUGAUCGGGCCGCUGAAAUCGAGCAAUGGAGCGGCGCCGUGCAUUCCGGUUAUCCGUGACCCGGGAUUAUUGACGGGGCCGCCCAUGCAACAGAGGGGUAGGGAACCUGACACGAGGCUGCGCAUCUUCUCCGGUACUGCGAAUCCCGCGCUAGCUCAGGAAAUUGCAAACUACUUGGGCCUGGAACUCGGGAAGAUUAAGAUAAAGUGGUUUGCUGAUGGUGAAAUCUAUGUGCAGCUGCAAGAGAGUGUGAGGGGAUGUGAUGUGUUUUUAAUCCAGCCAACAUGUCCUCCAGCAAAUGAGAAUCUUAUGGAACUUUUGAUAAUGAUUGACGCGUGCCGCAGAGCAUCUGCAAGAAACAUCACUGCAGUUAUACCAUAUUUUGGUUAUGCUAGAGCUGAUAGAAAGACUCAAGGACGCGAAUCCAUUGCAGCCAAACUUGUUGCAAACUUAAUUACAGAAGCAGGUGCAAACCGUGUACUUGCAUGUGAUCUUCAUUCUGGGCAGUCAAUGGGAUACUUUGAUAUUCCAGUAGAUCAUGUGUAUGGUCAACCUGCUAUCCUUGAUUACCUGGCCAGCAAGACAAUUUGUUCAAACGAUUUGGUAGUGGUCUCUCCAGAUGUUGGAGGUGUAGCAAGGGCACGUGCUUUCGCCAAGAAGUUAUCAGAUGCACCUCUAGCUAUUGUAGAUAAGAGGCGCCAUAGACACAAUGAUGCUGAGGUAACAAAUCUGAUUGGGGAUGUUAAGGGUAAAGUGGCUGUCAUGUUGGAUGAUAUGAUUGAUACUGCGGGAACAAUUGCAAAAGGUGCAGCUUUAUUACAUCGAGAGGGAGCAAGAGAAGUCUAUGCUUGCUGCACCCAUGCUGUUUUUAGCCCUCCUGCAAUCAAGAGGUUAUCGAGUGGCCUAUUUCAAGAAGUUAUCAUCACAAAUACUAUUCCAGUAUUAGAGCAACAAAGUUUCCCUCAGCUGACAGUUCUUUCAGUUGCAAAUCUUUUAGGUGAGACAAUUUGGCGUGUCCAUGAUGAUAGUUCUGUCAGUAGCAUCUUCCAGUGACAGGAUUAUAGAGAAAUCAUUUUUUUGUUCUUUUUUAUCUUUUGUAUGUGUUUCAGAAGCCCUGUAAAUUCUGUCUUUGUUCUCUUUUAUUCACGGAAUUCAUUCUACUGGACUUUCAGCAUGUUGGACUAAAUGCUGUUACCUUU